GGACGUACUGGAGAUAGUGAUUCCUAUGGAUCGUCUGGACGUACUGGAGACAGCGAUUCCUAUGGAUCGUCUGGCCGUACUGGAGCCAGCGAUUCCUAUGGAUCGUCUGGUCGUACUGGAGACAGCGAUUCCUAUGGAUCGUCUGGCCGUACUGGAGACAGCGAUUCCUAUGGAUCGUCUGGCCGUACUGGUGGCAACGACUCGUAUGGAUCGUCUGGCCGUACUGGUGGCAACGACUCGUAUGGAUCGUCUGGCCGUACUAGUGGCAACGACUCGUAUGGCAGCUCUGGACGCACGGGAGGAUCCGACAACUACGGCAGCAGCACUGGCGGCGGCCUUGGCGGGUCUAAUAGC